AUGAUCCAACCCGCAGCGGCAUCGUGUGGCUUAGUUCGAUACUCCUACUCCUUCCCCAAAGGAAUGACUGUCUACCAUGUUACGAAGCUAUCUAGGUUUUCCUCUGCCAGUGAGCCUCGUUCGUCACUCAUUCCACCGGCCUCCAUCGCAUCUGCAAAAUUCCGGCAUACUAUCUUCGAUGCCGCAUGCCCCGCUCCACCUGAGGUUACAUUUGCACAGCCCCUGAAGUUGCAGAACCACUGUCCGUCGCCUUGUCGCGAAUCCUGUGGUGCCCAGUUGUCGUCAUCGUCGGUCUCUCCGGUCUCCCUGGACCCAGACGACGAGUUUUUGCGGUGA